AUGACCUCUCACUUUCACUCUCACUCUCACUCUCACUCUCACUCUCACUCUCACCAUGGAUCCUGUUACUUUACCUUUCUAUUACUAAUUACCAUUAUCCUCCUAUCUUGGCAACUCACUGAAUCAACUACCUCCGGCUCCCCCUACCUCCUACCCAUCCUCAAAGACUUCUCAAAACCACAAUACUACACCUCCUUCCUCUUAGGAACUCCCUCUUUUCGUGUCUACAUGUCAAUUGAUCUUUCCAACCCAUGGUCUUGGUUCACUUGUAACUCCGUUGGUAACAACCAACCCUUUUACGAACCCGUCCCAAAAAGCUCCACUUACCGCCCCAUUCGUUGCUCCAACGCAACGUGCGACCCUUACGAUAGCCAUUUCUGCUACGACUGUGAUUACCAAACCUGUGCCGCUGCCAAAGGACAAACAUGUGGUGCCGAGCCAUACGGCCCGUACCUCUAUACCAAACAAGAAGAACAAGGUCAUUUCGUCGCUCCUUUGCUGGUGGACACUAUCAACAUAUAUAACACAACAACCAACAACCAAACACCUUUGUCUAACUUUCCAUUCACUUGCGGUUAUAUUUCUGAACUCAAGGGUUUAUCACGUUACACUAAAGGAGUGUUAAGUUUAGCUAGAAAGGAUUCGUCGUUACCUACCUUAAUAUCAAAAACUUUCAAAGUUCCUCGUAAAUUCGCUCUAUGUUUACCUUCCUCGUCUAGCUCCGGUAUCAACGGUGCUAUGUAUUUCGGUGGCGGACCAUACUUUUCACCCACAAUAUUAUCUUUUGCGACAACUCCCCUAGUCAUAAACCCGGUCGACAUCGGUGUUACCUUCAACAAGGGUAAUUCAUCCGUCGAUUAUUUCAUUAAUACAAAAUCCAUUAUAGUCGAUGGUACACCCAUCAAAAUAAAAUCCGGUUUACUCUCCAUCAAUACAAAAACCGGGAUCGGAGGAACCAAGCUAAGCACUAUAGACGGAUACACUACACUACAUACGGAGAUAUACAACGCGCUUGUCACGGCUUUUACAACUAAGGCCGCGGCUAUGAAUAUCACGCGCGUGGGCCGUGUGACUUCGUUUGACGCAUGUUUUAGUUCCAAGAAUAUUGUGGGCACCAAGGCAGGCCCUAAAGUGCCCAUUAUUGAUCUAGUGUUGGAUGGGAAUAGUAAGUGGAGGAUUCAUGGUGCCAAUUCUAUGAUAAAAGUGUCCAAUCAUGUCAGAUGUCUAGCAUUUAUCGACGGAGGUAUAAAAGUUAAAACGUCGAUAGUUAUAGGUGCAAAACAAAUGGAAGAUAAUCUAAUAGAAUUUGAUUUGGAGUCCUCUAGAUUAGGGAUCACUUCUUCUCUUCUAAAUUAUGGAACAACUUGCUCUCAGUUUAAGGGUGUGUAG